AUUGGACAUCUUUCUCCAAGAGUAUUCAGAAACAGUUAGCCGAAAAGAAAAUAUACAAUUCAAGCGCCACAAAUUCUGACGUCCAGGACAAACUGUUAAAGAUUCUAGCCAGUGUCUCAGGCUACCAUUUUCGCAGAUCAAGAUGAAGCUUCUGAUACCACUACUAUUGUGCAUGGCUGUAGCAUUUUAUGUCAGUCAUGCAGAUUCUGACUCGGGCUCGUGUAGCUGUGAAGAUGAAGAUAGUACGAGGGAGAAUAUGGAGGAGGAAGUUGCUAGUACCUACAUCAUCACAGCGGAGAGUCAGAAGGACCUAGACAAACUUCUGAAGAAACUUUCGAAAAAGAAGGACUGCAAAGAUGCCGUUGUCAAAUCAGUCGUAAAUAAAUUGAUGUUUGCCGCCACGGUGAAGAUGAGUACAGACUGCGUUGAGGAGGUGCACGAUUGGGGCUAUGAAAUCGAGCCUAAUGCCCUCCAGUUCACAGACGAUAUAUCGGACCCUUCAUCAGUUGACGAUAUCCAGUCAUGGGGUAUUGAUCGUAUCGACCAAACAUAUCUUCCACUGGACAAGAAACCAUUUAAUAUCGAUGGCGGAGACGGUGUAGACGUAUUUAUCCUGGACACAGGAGUUUUCACCGACCACUCGGAAUUCGGUGAACUUGGACAUAAACGGGCUGAGUUUUAUGCGGAUACCUUCGACAUGAGUAACCCUACAAAAGGCGACCCUAACGGUCACGGGACACGGUGUGCUAGCUCUGCUAUUGGUCAAACUCUUGGUGUUGCGAGAAAGGCAAAGGUCAAAAGCAUCCGAGUGGCCAAUCCUCAGGGCACUGGUUCUAUUGAAAAGUCUAUCUUGGGUUUCGAUUUGGUCCACCAGUAUGCAGGGACACAAUCAAGUGAUUAUAAGUGCGUGGUCUCGUACUCAUUGACGUUACCCACUACCUCGAAACCUUUAGACGAAGCCGUCAAGAAAAUCUCACAGAAAUGCUUCGUGGUCGUUAGCGCCGGCAACUACGGCAGUGGCGAUGAUCCCGAUCUCGCCGAUGCCUGCAACUACUCCCCAGGACGGAGCGAACAUGUAUUCACCAUCGGAGCGUCCCGUCUUCGGGUAUUACAGACCGAGGACCACAAGGCGGGCUUUUCCAAUCGCGGCAAGUGCGUCACGCUCUUCGCCCCCGGUCAUAAAGUCACUGUCGCUUCCAGUAAGGGUAACACAACAGUCGAAAUAAGCAGUGGAACAUCCUUUUCUGCUCCAAUUGUUGCAGGUGCUGCAGCUUUGUUGCUAUCUAAUGGAUGCAGUAUGGCUGCAGUGAAAAGUAUUCUCGUUAGCACCGCCACCAGGAACCUCCUGCAGGAUCUUCCAGAGGAGCAUCUUUUCUUGAAUGUCGAACAUGAAGCUUACAAACACCCCGGAUGUGUAUUUUAAAUCGAGAUAACUUUAAUCGGUUCACCGAGUACCGGUCUAUCGAGUUGAUAUCUCAUUGUUGAUGCUUCCGAUUAUACAAUCUUACAGAAAUUAGUGGCUUAUUUCCGGAUACGGAAAACGAUGGCAUUUAGAGCACGUAGAAUUCGCUUAAUGAGGAUAUUCUAUAAUUUUUGACUGAAUUUCACACUGAUUACAUUGUUUAUUAUUAAUGAUAAGGGUUUAAACGUAAAGCAGACAGAUACGAAUACGUUUCAAAUAAUUUCAUUUGCAAUUCUGUCAAGAAAAUGUAUGCUGGGCGUCAGAUAUUCCACUCUGAGCACAUUGCAUUGUAGUUAUAUCUCAGCAAUUCUUCAUAAUUAAUGCAAAUUAAAACAACUUUUUUGUGAACCAAAUCGAAGACUUGAAUAUAAGAACGGCCCUUUUCCCAUCAUAAACAUGGAAAUCGAUUCUUAUCGAAGAUUGAGCGAUCAGCUACAGUUCCUAUUAUCGAUCUGAAGUAAUUAAUCCUUGUUGGUUACACGGACCAUAUCAAUUUUUCUAAAAUUCAACUAAAAUCAAGCUAAGGUUUUGCUCAUGUAUAUACAUGUGUUCUUUUCACUUGAGUGAUACUGUAUUCGCUUUAUUUAAUCAUUGUGAAAUUUAUGUGCAUGUAGAAAAUAGAUCAAUGGUAAUAAAGUUAAAGACUGCAUCG